AUCACAAGGCCCCGCCCCAUCAUAAGGCCCGCCCAGUCACAAGGCUCUUCUGCGUCUCCCCAGCGGCAGGCGCAGGCCCAAGCAAUCCGGCCGCCCAGCGGGUGCAGGUGCGGACGCACCGGCCAUCACCGCGCGCGGCUGCGCAGCGGGCACCGUAAGCACCGGUCUCUGGCUCCCGGGAGCGACUCUUCGUUGCUGAGCUCUGACCCGAAAGACCCGCAGCGGUGAGAAGGCAUCUCCCAAGCUCCAAGCUGAGGCUGACAGCCAUCACUCUUCCUCCCAUCCCCCACCCCAGGUCGAGCUAGAGGAGCCCCUUCCAAGGGGUCCACAUCGGUCUCCCGUGCCCCACCCAACGCCUCCUUGUUCUGUGACUCCCUACAGCCCUGUACAAAGGUCAUGGCCAGUUGUUUUUGUUGUUGUUGUUGUUUUCUUCCUUGGUCCGCAGCAGGUAUGGCUGUCACUGGUUUCAGUCUCUCAGAGCUAACUGUUCUCUCUUUCUCCUCUAGGGGCAGCCACAGAACCCGAGGCCAUGUCCCAUGAAAAGAGUUUCUUGGUGUCUGGGGACAGUUAUCCUCCCCAAAACAUUGUGGGGCCCCAAGCCCCUAUGCCUCCCUAUGUUCAGGCUCCCUACCCUGGGGCCCCAUACCCACAGGCCCCUUUCCAGCCCUCUCCCUAUGGUCAGCCAGGAUAUCCCCAUGGUCCCAGCCCCUAUCCACAGGGUGGUUACCCUCAAGGGCCCUACCCUCAAGGAGGCUACCCACAGGGGCCAUACCCACAGAGCCCCUUCCCGCCCAACCCCUAUGGACAGCCACCACCCUUCCAGGACCCUGGCUCACCUCAGCAUGGGAACUACCAGGAGGAAGGGCCUCCAUCCUACUAUGACAACCAGGACUUCCCUGCUGUCAACUGGGACAAGAACAUUCGCCAGGCCUUUAUCAGAAAGGUGUUCCUGGUGCUGACCCUGCAGCUGUCGGUGACCCUGUCCACUGUGGCCAUUUUCACUUUUGUUGGGGAGGUGAAGGGCUUUGUCCGGGAGAAUGUCUGGACCUACUAUGUCUCCUACGCCAUCUUCUUCAUCUCCCUCAUUGUUCUCAGCUGUUGUGGGGACUUCCGGCGAAAGCAUCCCUGGAACCUUGUUGCUCUGUCGAUCCUGACCGUCAGCUUGUCCUACAUGGUGGGCAUGAUAGCCAGCUUUUACAACACGGAGGCAGUCAUCAUGGCCGUGGGCAUCACCACAGCUGUCUGCUUCACGGUGGUCAUCUUCUCCAUGCAGACCCGCUAUGACUUCACCUCGUGCAUGGGCGUGCUCCUGGUGAGUGUUGUGGUGCUCUUCAUCUUCGCCAUCCUCUGCAUCUUCAUCCGGAACCGCAUCCUGGAGAUUGUAUACGCCUCGCUGGGCGCUCUGCUCUUCACCUGCUUCCUGGCAGUGGACACCCAGCUACUCCUGGGGAACAAGCAGCUGUCCCUGAGCCCAGAAGAAUAUGUGUUUGCGGCCCUGAACCUGUACACGGACAUCAUCAACAUCUUCCUAUAUAUUCUCACCAUCAUUGGCCGUGCCAAGGAGUAGAACAAGCCCCAGCUCAGGUGGCAUGGUUGGCUCAGACCCAUGCCCCUGGCAUGACAAUGCCAUCUGUGCUUCCCUCUCUCUGGUCCCCAGGCCUGGCCUGGUGCAGAGGGAGUCCCUCUCGCCCUCUUGUAUGUACACUGCAAAUACUUAACGUCUGGACCCUCUAUGGCCACAGCAUGGCCCCCUUUAUCCCUUUUGCCCUUGCCAAGGGGCGACAGGGCUGCAUUUCUGUGCCACCUUCUGUCCACUCACUGUUGCAUGAGCCCUGUCUGCCAGCCCCAUCCCAGGGUCAGGGACCAACACCAGGUCUCAGGGGAGAAGGAUCAUACCAAGAGGUGAGGGUGCACGUCUUCCCUUCUGUCCCGGCUCCCCUGGCAUAGAGUACCCGUGUCCCCUCCCCACCCUGCCUUCUGAGGGGCACGCAGGGCGGGGUCUCAUUCUUGCGCUGGGCCCCAAGAGCAGAGAGGAUGUCAUGUUUCAAGGGAGGAGGCUCUCUCGUGCUGCCAUUGUUAAAAUGCCAAUAAAAGGGUACCUUCUGCUUUC